GAGAUGAAUAGUCACAUUUUUCUCCCUUUGCCAAAAAAAUAAUACUUUAUUUUUCCUUCUCCUCAGAACAUUUGUUCUGAUGUGGCCUCAAGGAGGACAGGUGCCCAGCUUUCAGUAACACUACUAGUUUUGUUACCAGAUGAAGAGGCUCCACUUGCCUGUCACUGUCAGCCAAUAUGCAGUGAGGGUGAUAGGCUCUAGCAAACUUUAUUUGUCACAAGGCCGGGAUUCUGGAGAACAAUAAGAGUAACCUCUCCAAGACUGUUCUGUUCUUCUAUUUCCAAAAGUAUGGUUUUAUACAUAAAAGUUCAAAGUAAAGAUCACAUCAACUUCUAUUUCAAAUAAUACUCAGCUUAUCUCAGGGAACUAUUAUAACAUUCCAAUUCGAAAGUUAAGUUCCUCAAUCAAACCUCCUAAACUACUCAAGAUAGGCAUCUUCAGGGUGGGUGCUAAAUUUACAAAACAGUAAGAAUGGGAGACAGGGGGUGAAGGUCAGGCAGGACCUAAUCCAACCAGACAGCUGUGUCAUGUCUGCCCUAGUCUGGCAGACUCCAUCUUAUUUUCAUUACAUGUGCUUUAAGUUGAUGCCUAUUAGCACAAUACUUUGUGUUUCUGCCUGACUUAGCAAGUCAAUUUUUAUCCCCCUGUUCUGCUUGUGUGACAAUUAGCUUUGAUAAUGUGACAACUGGCCAGCCCUGCAGCUUGUCAUGUGUUUACUCCUGCUAAACCCCAAGUCUAGACUCUGGAACUAUUUCAAGUUCCCUGACUCCUCCCUCUCCUUGGGCCAUAAUCUGACACCCAGAAGCACAGCUGAGCUACAAGUAAAAGAUCAAGAGGAAAAAAGAAGCACUUAAGAAGAAAUUUCUAGAAGUAUCAUGUCUUCUAACUUUUUAAAAACAAAGAAUCACUUGAUUGUUAUUAAUGAUAUUAACAAUGUCCGAAGAAAUAGGAAAUGGAAUCAUAAGAAGAUACUGAGACCCAUGAAGAAGACAGAGAGCUCUGUGAGCAACAGGUACCUCUGUAGUCAGCAUAAGCAGGAUCAAGGGAGCAGCUGCUAUGGAUUCAGAACUCCUGGUGAAUAUAAAGGAGGAGGUGACCUGCCCCAUCUGCCUGGAACUCCUGAUAGUACCCCUGAGUCUAGACUGUGGCCACAGCUUCUGCCAAGCCUGCAUCUCUGAAAACCAGAAGAAGUCCACGAUAGACAAAGAAGGGCAGAGCUGCUGUCCUGUGUGCAGAAUCACUUACCAGCUUGAGAACCUGCGUCCCAAUCGACCUCUGGCCAACAUAGUGGAGAGGCUCAAGGAGGUCAAGUUAAACCAAGAAGAGGGGCAGGAGGUGAAUCACUGUGAGCAGCAUGGAGAGAAACUACUGCUCUUCUGUAAGGAGGAUGGGGAGGUCAUUUGCUGGCUUUGUGAGCGGUCUCAGAAGCACCGUGGUCACCACACAUUCCUCCUGGAGGAGGCUGCCCAGGAGUACCAAAAGAGGCUCCAGGGAGUUCUGGAAAAGCUGAUGAAGCAGCAGCAGGAAGUUGAGCAGGUAGAAGAUGACAUCAGCAAAGAGAGAACUUCCUGGAAAGAUCAAAUACAGUCUGACAGACAAAACAUCCAGGCACAGUUUGGCAAACUGAUAGACUUCCUGGUGUCUGAGGAGAACAACAAACUGCAAAUUCUUGAGGAAGAGGAAAAAGAUAUUCUUAAUAGUCUAGCAGAGUCUAAGAAUGAGCUGGACCAGCACCAUCAGGUGGUAAGAAUGUUCAUUUCUGAUGUGGAGCGUCGGUUGCAGACGCCAGCAAUAGAGAUGCUGCAGGAUGUGAAUGGCAUGAUAAAAAGGUAUGAAACCUUGACCUUGAAGAAGCCAAAAACGUUUCCCAAGGAACAAAGGAAAGUAUUUCCACUGCCUGAUCUGAGAGGAUUGCUGCAAGUGCUUAAAAGAGAGAUGUAUGUCAGUGCAGAGCUGAGAGAAGCCCGCCGUCACUUGGUUUAUCUGACGCUGGUUCCAAUGAACAAUUCAAAUGUCAUCAUUUCUUCAGAUAACAGAGAAGUGAGAUCUGGCCAGGAUGACUGGUAUGCCGAAGAAUUGAUACAGGACAAUUAUGAUAUCCUGGGCUCUCCAUGUUUCACAUCAGGGAAAGGUUACUGGGAGGUAGAUGUGACCAACAAACGUUCUUGGAUCCUGGGUGUGUAUGUUAAACACGGUCUCCCAUUCAAUGAGAAGGUUCAUAACACAGCAAAUGUAUGUUAUCAACCUAGAAAUGGCUACUGGGUUAUAGGGUUAAAACAUAAAUCUCAAUAUAUUGCUUUUCAGGAUUCUUGCUCUUCUGAUACUUUGCCCCUCUCCCUGACUGUCCCUCCUAAUCGUAUUGGGGUUUUCCUAGACUAUGUUGCUGGCACUGUCUCAUUUUUCAAUGUUACAGACCAUGGGUCUCUCAUCUAUAAGUUCUCUACACAUUUUCGACAUCGUGUUCAUCCAUAUUUCAAUACUACAGCAUGUCAGGGCCGCAUGACUCUGUGCUAACUGAGUACCUAAACCUUCUUGCAUACUUGACCACUUCUCCGCAGCACCUCUUGCUUGCCUGGCUGCAUGUCAUACACCUGAACUCAUUGGUGCUAUUUUAACCAUCAUUUCCUUGCCAUCUUCCUUCUUUCUAUUUGAGCAUCCUUUUCUUAGCAAUAAGAUGUAACGAACUGCCUCAUGCUAUUUUCUUCUGAAUAUUUUCCUUACAUGUCAUGGCAAAUUUGAUUCAUUAUUUUCCAUAAUCCCAAUGAAAAAUGACUGAGACUUCAUAAAGUAUGACAAUGUUGAGAUAAUACUCCUGCCAAAUCCUCAUAACCCAAUUCUCUGUGACACUGACUAAGAAGAAAAAGAAAAACUUUUCAACAACCUUUCUAUAUUAUUGUGCUCACUAAAGAAUGAGCUUUCCUAGCAUGUAGCUUAUUCAACAAAGAAUUAAGGAGAAACUGUCAUAAGCAGCAUAUACUCCAAGUAGAUAUUUUGUAUCUAGAGUAUCUUGAGUUCAAAUCCUGUCUCUCCAUACACUAGCAGUGUAAUCAUGAUUAAUAUAUUCAUAUGGCUGUGUUUAUUUUCUCAAAAUAAUUUUGGCAUUAAAAAUGUCAGGUGAAGUAUUGGUGUUCGACUACAUAGUAGAGUGAUUAGAGUUAACAAUAACAUGUUGCAUAUUUCAAAAUAGAAGAGAGGAUUUUCAAUGUGCUAUUCUGUAAGAAAUGACAAGUGUUCAAAGUGCUGGAUAUGCUAAUUACCAUGAUUUGAUAAUUACACAAUGUAUGCUUGCAUGGAAACAUCACACUGUACCCCAUAAAUAUGUAGAAUUAUAUGUCAAUAAAAAACAAAAUAAAAAGCAAAAUUUACAUUUUACUUUGGAUCAUUAUGCAAAAAUAAAUUCAUAAAGUAA